AUGUCAUCAUUUGAUUGCAACGAAAAUGGAGAAAUAUUAAACGUGAAGAAUGGAAAUGAAAUUAUUUCGAAAGACCUGCAUACGUGGUUCAAAAGUCUCCUCGAAGGAGACGCUAAUUGCUGGAAGAACGAUACCGCGGAUUUAGUUAAGACAAUAGCCAAGGAAAACUUCGAGCAGCUCGUAUUGACAUUUGUGCUUUUAUUGUACAUAUGGGUGGCUAAAUUGUAA